AUGACUCUUCGCUUGGCAAUUAUCCACAGGGACAAAAUUCUCACUCCCGUUACAAUCGACGAAGACGCCACCGUCUCCGACUUGAAGUUCCACAUCGCGGACCUCAUCAACGUCGCGCCCGAGGCCCAAACACUAACAUUUGAUGGUGUUCUGUUGGAAAAUUGGCGUCAGCUGAAGCUGUACAAGUUCCCAGCCAAGGCGGCGCUUAGCCUGGACGUGCCGCUUGACCACUCAAGCAAGUUCAAGAUCUUCGUGAAGCUGCCUUCGCGGACGCGACCCCUCAAACUGCGAGUUGGCAUGGCAACGACCCUCGGCGAUGUGAAAAGGAUCCUCUCACAGACGCAGAACCUGCCUCUUGACCAACAGGUCCUGGUGUAUAAGUCAUGCGUGUUCGACGCCGAAGACGACAAUCGACUGCUGGCAAGUCUGAAGAUCGCGGCAAACGCCAAGUUGGAGGUGUUUCUGACGCACUCCAGAUCCGACCGACGGUACACUGAGUCCGAGGACUUCAACUCGAAGCCAGCCUCGGUCAAGUCAGAUCGGCCCUCGGGAUUCGUCUACGCCGAUAUUGAUUCGGAAGUUGCCGUUGGAUGCUACCGACUCAACCAAAUAUAG